UGUGCCAAAGCACAAUUCCAUCUGAUUUUUCUUUAAAAAAUUAUGAGGUAUACAGAUGACGACAAUAAAGGUAACAAGCUGACAAACACCGACGUAAAAAGUUUUUUCUGAUUCAAGAGGCCUCAAAACGUGGAUAUAUUUGAUGAAAUCCGCGAAAGUCAGUUUUCACAUAAAAGGUAUUCCUUAUAUUCCCCAAUAUUCCUUAGGGAAUAUAUUCCUGGUACAAGAAAAAUCAGAAUGGUCAAUUCCCAGCAAAUAUGCUGGUCCACAGCGUUCAGACAUGUUGGAUUUCUCCCAUCCGUUGCUAUAAUGCUGGUCAUCCUGAUUCAUCCCUGGUCACUGCUCACUACUGAUUUCCUAUAAAAACAUGUCAAUGGUUCCGGGCAUAUCAUGAGAUGAAGGUUUCUAUCUGCCCAGUUAUGUCAAACUACUACCCCAACGAAUGCUCUGUCUGUAAUGCUAGAAGUCCCUUAAAAAGAUGCAGUCGCUGCAAUAUGAUCAGCUACUGUGGAAGAGAACACCAGUUGGGACACUGGCCCGUACACAAACACAUUUGCAAAGCUAUCUCAACCAUCUUGGCAAAGAAAAAAAUUAACUACAUCUUUGAAAACGAUUCAGGCCUUGACGCAGUAAAAUGGAGAAGAGUGAAAUCAGAAAUUGUCCGGGAAAUUAGUAUGAUAAUAGAAAGACCUCUAUCUCAAUUCGAAAGACAGAUGUUUCUUUAUCCAAGAACUUGUUUCGUUUGCCACGAUACGAGGCAAGAUCGGUUAAAGAAUUGUCCUCGUUGCCCUAAUGCGAGCUUUUGCGAUAAACAUCCAGACAGUUCCAUACACAAUGAAGAUUGUCCGCUAAUUCAAGAUACCCACCAACUCGAUCUCGACAUGGAAAAAAUAAUCUUGUCUUUAAACUUGGAGUUACUGAAUCGGUCAAUUAUACAAAACACACCAAUUAUCAAACCUAAAUUAAAGAUGAUGCCAAGGUCGAUAGAAGAAUACUUCGAAUAUGUCAAAGACGGAAUGAAGUUGAGCGAUGUAAUGAAAAUCUAUGUAGCGGAAUUCGUGGGCCUACCUUUGACGACCUGUGACGUACUACAGAAACUAAAAUUGUUUUCGCCUUCGAAAUUAGUGGUUCAUUUGUAUGGCGCAAGUGAGCUUCUUAAUGAAGUUUACCGUUGGGAAAUUAUUUUACAUUUGAUUCCGACUUUAAGUCAACUGAGCAUCAUCAUAUUUGAAUCCAAGGAGGUUUUGAAGCUACAGUGGAAAUUGUGUGACAAGUGCCACGCGACCAAGAAGAAAUUAGUGAUUAAAACCAUCUCAAUUCCGUAUAUGGAGUUUGUGAAGUCGAAAGAUUUUGAGGAACCGGAGCUUGUACUUCUGUCUAAUACAAAUCCUCCAUCGGAGAAGGAAUACCAUCAGAGGACAUGGAAGUUGAAUUUGAUGAGCUUGGGGAUGUUGAAGUGCCCUUUAGCGUUUCUCUCUGACACAGAAGAAAUGGCAAAGCUGAUUAGAGAAAGCAUUAACGAUUCUUUCAAUGAAGUUCUGAUUUCGUAUGAUGGGCAGAACCAUUUCGCGUCGCCGAGAUUUUUGAGAAACUGGAAAAAUGAAAGGAUUUGCAGGGAAAAUGAUCGAAUGUUAAUCUUCAAAGUCGUCCACACCUGUGAACCAGGAAAUUGCAACCGCUGUGGAGUAUCUUGUCGUACCGUCAACUCAAAAAAUUCUAACUGUGCCAGAUGCGAAGCGGAUCUGUUAAGCAAGGAUGUUGUAUUAUUUCCAAAACAAAACGUGAACCGAUCUCGAAGCUUCUUUUCCGUGAAUUGUUGCCAAGUAUGUCAUUCUAUCCUUGAUCUUCAUGCCAAUCAUAAGUAUGUGCCUUGCAAAAAAUGUAAAAUGAUUAUAUACUGCGACAAAGAUCACCAAAGGGAACAUUGGCCUCAUCACAAGGAAUUAUGUAAAGUAAUUUGCAAUAUGCUAGAUGAAUCCGGUUCUUCUAAUCUUUUUGAAAAAGCGGAAAAAUCAGAUAAUCAAAACUGGCUUCAAGCCAAGAUCAAUCUUCUUUUAGAAGCACAAACGAAACUCGGCAGAACACUGGUGGACUAUGAAAAGGAGAUGUUCCUCUUUCCGAAAGCCUGUUUUAUUUGUCACAAGAGCGAUGCAAUUUCUUUGAAAACCUGCAAAUGUGCACUUAGCUUCUGCAAUGAUCACUGGGAUGUUCUUGAACAUAAAAAACAUUGCGCACGACUCUAUACCACACUCCAGUGCAAUAUUCAAUUUCUGGAUGUGAGGCGAUCACCAGCACCAAUUGCAGCUGCGGAAAUCAUGCUCGCUUCCACGAGAAAAGAGACAUUCAAAACGAUAUCAGUAAUAAAUGAGGGUGAGAAUUUUCCAAAAUCGAUGAAUGCAUUCACAGAGACUUGUAUUAAACUUGGGAAUAAAAAAGUAAGUGAGGAAAAUCAUCCGGAAAAAAUUCCUUUAAGGGAACUGCUCUACGCUGAAAUUUUCUCACGACCUCUGACUUUGUUCAAUGUUUUGAAAAAGUGCAACUGUUCAUUUAAAUCGAUGGUGAUUCACGUGAUUGGAGCAACUGAUGACGAAAAAUCGGAAGGUGGAUACUGGGAGAUAUUGCUGCAUUUUAUCCCACUUUUGAAGAAUCUGCAGGUUAUUUUCGUGGGGCCAGAAGUUUCCGAAUUACAAUUAUUGGAAAUUGAUAUUUGCGAAGUUUGUUCAAAGAGAGGAAAGAAGUUAGAAGUUGGAGGUUUUACUGGGAGAUAUAAUGAGUUCUUUAAUAAUGAAUCUUUUACAGUCCCGAACUUCGUCAUUGGGUUUAAUCUCCAUAUUCAUGAGAGCGAUUAUGGAAUAAUGGAGGAUACGUGGAAGGAUACGAUUCUGACCUUGACCAAAAUUUCGGUGCCUUUUGUGAUGACAGCGAAAACUUAUCUUAAGGCUCUGAUGGAUUGCAAAAAGUUGGAGGCAUCUUUUGGCCUUCCUGUUGAUUCUAAUUGCUUGAAAUUAAAUGAAUAUAGGGCAGUUAUUUCUAGUAGGGAUUAUGAAACGGAGAUAUAUGAGGUUACAAAUCAAUUUGUUGCAAUGUUUUUUACAUUGUUUCCACAAUCUAGUCCCGCAGGAAGUGAACAUUUAAAAUCGGAAGAUGAAGCAAGCACUGAAAAUCUAGAUUUGGAAUUGAUACCGAAAAUAGAGAAUUUUGGAAGGAAAGCAAAAAUAGAAGAGAAUUCGGAACCAAAAUCAAGUAACGAAAAUUCAGAGCCCAAAGUGGAAGAUAGUGUUGAAAGUUCAUGAUCAAGAUCAAUCGAGAAUUCGAAAUUCGACAGAGUAAAAUGAUUUGAACUUUUCGAGAUUUUAAUUACUGUUUAUGAUAAUCAUAUAUUUUUAUAUUUUUUUAGAUGUUAAAUGUACAAGCUUAAAUUAUCUAGAAAGUUUAUAAGUUUUGCAUUAUAAUUGGCAUUUUGUUGUUGGGCGAAAGAAUUUUAUUUUGAAAUAAUAAAGUAAUACUAGAAAAAUUA